GCUCGCGAUAGAAAAAACAGAAAGUGAAGAAAACAGCUGUUAGAAACUGCGUAGGUUGUAAAAAUAGCCAAAGGGUGACAAAUGUUAAACAACAAAAGUCAAUGAGAAAAUAAACGUUCUUGUUGUUGUUGUUGUUGCUAUUGUGGGUGCAGAAUCAAUACGCAGCGAAGCGAAAGCGCAAAAGCAGCAGCAGUCGUUUAACGGUGUGUUCUCAAGCACACACACACACACACACACACAGGCGAACAGACAAUUGAAACAGCAGACAAGCAAACGUGUUGCACGUUGAGAAUACACGUGAGCAAGUAAUCUGGCAUUGCAUGCCAGAGCGAGAGCGCGCACAAGUGAGAGUGAGAGCGCGAGCGUAAAGUCAAGUCAGGCAUGCAAAGAGCACAGUUAGCAUUUGCCGGCAAAACAACAACAACAAGUGGGUGAAGCUCUCGCGCAUAUGCGAAUGCAAUGUGAGUGUCAAACCGAGUGCGCGAGUAUUUGUAUCUGUGUGAGUAUAAGUAAGCUUCUAGUCGGUUUAUCAAGCUUAGUUCGAGAGCACAGCAACCGCAUUCAACUUUCUGCUGCACACGCGUUCAGUUCAGUUUACGCUGCUCGUCUAGUCGCGAAUUAAAUAUAUUACAAGCUAUUAAAUAUAAUACAUGUGAUAUUGCAAACAGCUAUUUAUAUUUCUGCUAGAGUUCAUAAUAUAAAUUGUGUACUAUAAAGCGUUAACUACUAUUACUAAACUUAAAAACAAAGUGCAAUGCAGCGAAAAAUUUAAAAAAGUGAAGAACAACAACGUGUGAACAAGACUUGAAUUAAUUAAGUAAAAUUGAACUGCAAACGAAUCAUAUUUGAACCACUGUCAAAGAGCGCAGCUUGCAUUCAACAAAAGAGACAACAUAACGGUAUUUGAACCUGCGUCAAACCCUGCGGCAGUCUCUUAGUGUGAGACCUUUAUACACUCGUUAAUACAACAACAGUUGACCAUGUGUGGCAAGCAUUUAAUUAACUAUUAUCUCAACAAAAAGGAAAGCUAUUAAGCGUCGUAGUGUUAUGGACUGGUUACUCGCAACUCCACAACUGCAUAGCGCAUUCUCCUCGCUAGGCUUCAUGGAGGGCGAUACGUAUGUCGUGAGCCCCAAUGCGCUGGCUAUAUUGGAGGAAAUCAACUACAAGUUAACCUAUGAGGAUCAAACCUUGCGCACCUUUAGACGUGCCAUUGGCUUUGGUCAGAAUGUGCGCGCCGAUCUUAUACCGCUGCUGGAGAAUGCUAAGGAUGAUGCUGUGCUGGAGUCUGUCAUACGCAUCUUGGUGAAUCUUACGGUGCCCGUGGAGUGUCUCUUCUCUGUCGAUGUCAUGUACCGCACCGAGGUGGGUCGUCAUACGAUCUUUGAGCUGAACAAGCUGCUCUAUAGCAGCAAGGAAGCGUUCACCGAUGCCAAGAGCACCAAAAGCAUUGUCGACUUUAUGAAGCAUUUGCUCGAUUCUGAGCCCAAGCUAUCGCCGCACAAAUGCGAUUCAAUCAACAAUUGUCUGCUGUUGUUGAGAAAUAUUUUGCAUAUUCCGGAAACUCAUUCGCACUUUGUCAUGCCCAUGCUGCAGUCGGGCACUGGUCAUCAGCUGUCCAUGCAGAAUACCAUAGUGUGGAAUCUGUUUAUACAAAGCAUAGACAAGUUGAUGCUAUAUCUGAUGGUUUGUCCGCAUCGCGAAUUCUGGGGUGUAACCAUGGUGCAGCUGAUUGCGGUGAUCUAUAAGGAUCAACAUGUUUCCACUUUGCAAAAGUUGCUGAACAUUUGGUUUGAGGCAUCGCUUUCGGAGAGCUCCGAAGAUAAUGAGAGCAAUACUACACCACCUAAGCAGGCUAGCGGUGAUUCCAGUCCCAUGCUUACCUCAGAUCCCACAUCCGAUUCCUCAGACAAUGGCAGCAAUGGUGGCAAGAAGGAAAACAGCAAUGAAGCGCGUCAAUUGGCGCUGCAUGAGGACACCAAGGCGACGCUUACUGAGGUUAGUCGCAUAGGUCAGGAGUAUCAAAAUGCCAUUGAUAAAGAGGAAGCGGAAGCAGAAGCAGCUAAGCCAAAAAGUGCUGAAGAGGUCCAAGCCGCGCCAACAGCAGAGAAGAGCCAAGAUGAUUUGGAUGAUGAGAGGCGCGAUCAGGAGUGCGAUCAGGAGGUCAACGAUGCAAAUGCGGAAUGCAUCGAACAAGAAAUACUAGAACAACAAUCAGCUGACAACGUCAACAACACUACCAAUACCAAUCUGGUGCAGAUUUGCACCAAAGCCAGCGAUACGCUUACCACAGCCAGCAUUUGCACCACUACCAAUAACAACAACAGUUUGGGCUACGAGCCCUUCAAGUCACCAGCACCGCUGCCCAAUCGUGGCAGCUUGGCAGACAAAUUAUCAGCAGCCAGAUCGCAUGACUCAGCAGUUAAGCUUACGCAGAAGUCACCACAUGCAGGUCAAAUGCACAUGACCAAGGGCACGUGUUGUCCACAGAAGCGCGAGUGUCCCUCCUCGCAGUCGGAGCUGUCGGACUGCGGUUAUGCUACACAGGUGGAGAAUCAGGAAUCUAUAUCUACCUCUACCUCAAGCAACGACGAUGAUGGUCCGCAGGGCAAGCCGCAGCAUCAGCAUCCACCUUGCAAUACUAAGCCUAGAAUUUUGCAUCGCAGCGUCAUUGCGCCCAUAGACAAGAAGGAGCUGCGUCGCAAGAAGUUGGUCAAGCGCAGCAAGAGCAGUCUCAUUAACAUGAAGGGUUUGGUGCAAUAUACGCCCAAUGAUGAUGAUAUAUCCAAUGUGCUCAAAGAAUUUACAGUGGACUUUUUGCUCAAGGGCUACAAUUCACUUGUGGAGGAACUACACAUGCAGUUGCUUAGCAAUUCUAAGGCACCUAUAGAUACUUCGCAUUUCUUUUGGUUGGUUACUUACUUUUUGAAGUUUGCCGCUCAGCUAGAGCUGGACAUGGAGCAUAUUAAUACUAUACUCACCUAUGAUGUGCUCAGCUAUUUGACCUAUGAGGGUGUUACGCUUUGUGAGCAGCUGGAGUUGAAUGCACGCAUCGAGGGCGCCGAUCUGAAACCUUAUUUGAGACGCAUGCAUUUGGUGGUGACAGCCAUUCGAGAAUUUCUGCAGGCUAUUGAAACUUAUAGCAAGAUAGCGCAUUUGAAUGAAAACGAUCGAGAGCGCUUGCGACAAUUGCAAGUUAAAAUUGGUUCGACUACAGAUCUGCGCUGCUUGUUUGUGCUGCUGCUGCGUCGCUUUAAUCCCAGCAUACACUCCAAGCAGUAUUUGCUGGAUCUGGUGGUAACCAAUCAUAUGCUUUUGCUUAUACUGGAUAAUGCAGUUAAGCUGGAUGGCGAACAUACCAUAAGCGUUUCGGAGCAUAUAUCACAAUUUGCUACGCUGGAGGUUAUGCAUUACUAUGGGCUCUUGUUGGAAGAUUUCGAUAACAAUGGCGAGUUUGUUAACGAUUGCAUUUUUACCAUGAUGCAUCAUAUUGGUGGCGACUUGGGACAAAUUGGCGUGUUAUUCCAACCCAUAGUGCUAAAGACUUAUUCACGCAUUUGGGAAGCAGACUACGGACUUUGUGAUGACUGGUCUGAUCUGAUUGAGUAUGUUAUACACAAGUUUAUGAAAACACCACCGAAAUCACCGCUAGCUAUGCCAGCAGCUUCAUUAACUGAAUUGACCAAGGAACAUAAUCAGCAUACAAUGAGCUCUUGGUCGCAGGAGGAAAUGGAUACUUUGUAUUGGUAUUAUGUGCAGAGCAAGAAAUCUGUAGAUGUUGUAGGCAAAAUUGUGAAGCUCUUUAGCAAUAAUGGCAACAAGCUAAAGACGCGCAUUUCUAUUAUACAACAGCUGCUGCAACAGGACAUUAUAACCUUGCUGGAGUACGAUGAUCUAAUGAAGUUUGAAGACGCUGAAUAUCAGCGCAGCUUGCUGGCUACACCUUCCUCAGCUACCACCGAAUCCGGCAUAGAUAUGAAAGAAUAUGCCUAUGACAAAGCUUCGGAUGACUUGCAGAUGUUGCUGGAUUUGAUUGCCCGAGAAAAUAAGCAACAUCAUAUUGUUUGGCUACAGAAGCUGCUGCUCGAGUGCUGCUACAUUAAGUUGACGCUUCGUGCUGGCGGCACUUUGCCACAUACCGAACCCAUAAUGGAACCUGUGGCCUAUCAUUGCAUCUAUACGCACAAGUCCAUACCGGUGGUGCAGUGGAACAAUGAGCAGUCCACCACAAUGCUCUAUCAGCCGUUUGUGCUGCUGCUGCAUAAGCUGGGCAUACAAUUGCCUGCGGAUGCGGGCUCGAUCUUUGCCAGAAUUCCAGAAACCUGGUCGCCAGAGACAAUGUAUGGGAUGGCGAAGAAGCUGGGAUCGUUGGAUAAACUGACACUCAAGUUCGAUCCGAGCGAACUCGAAGAUGCUGCCUCAUCAAGCGCCUCCUCGCGCUAUACGAUGACGGGACCUAGAAAUUCCCUCAGCUCCAUUAGCAGCAUCGAAGCGGAUAUAGACGAGCCAGAGCUGGCAAUUAUACCCGAGGAGGAGCUGCCGCUGGAGAAAGUUGUUAUCGCCAGCGAUUUCUUUGCUGUGCCCAAGUCCAAGCAUGCCGCCCAUUCCAUAAUAAGAUACACUCCAGAUCCGACGCCAUCGGUGCCCAAUUGGCUGCAGCUGGUCAUGCGCAGCAAAUGCAAUCAGCGCUCUGGACCUUUUGCAGAUUUCAGCGAUUGCUUCAGCUCUCCCACUGUCUCAGCUGAAGACGAAGGCCUGGGCAAGUCGAACGCCUCAACGUCGCAGGCCUCGCAAAUGUCGCACUCCUAUCAUCUCAACAUGCCCAAUCCGGCGGCCAGCACAUUGGCACACUUGACCAAACUGAGCCACUGCGCCUUCAUGAGCGCUCAAUUGUUGAAUGAGAACAGCAGCAGUUCCGGCUGCGGCGGCACCGUCAGCUCCACCUCCAUGCAGAUGAGCACCAGCGCCUCAGCAUCCAAUUUGAGUCCCAGCGGCGAUGCUGCCAUCAAGUCAUCCUUCGAGCGUCUGGAGGUCACCCCUGCGCACUUUGCACGGCCACAUAAUUUGGACCAGGAGUACAGCGCGAUGGUGGCUUCGGUCUAUGAAAUUGAAAACAGCGACAAUGUCUCGGUGGCAUCGGAUCUAACGCGCAUGUAUGUCAGCGAUGAGGAUGAGAAGCAUGAGUUCCGUGGAACAGUGCCGUACUAUCACUGAGAGAAAGUGAGAGAGAGUCAGAGGGAGUGUUUGUGUGUGUGAGUGAGAGUUUGAGUGAGAGAAUGUGAGAGAAAGUGUCUUAGAAUUUUAUUUAGCAAGGCAGCCAAACAAGCAAAAUGAACGGCAAUUGAUCCAAUGUGUACCU